AUGAACUCUGGUAAUUUUGUUCAAGAAAAAGGUAAAGGAAAAAGCACUACUUCUCAUUUAGAAAUUUCAAGUGAAAAUGCUUCAACUAAAAGAAAAAAAGAUGAAAAUAUAAAUUUCACGAUAGCAGCCACUCUUCAGGAGCUCGAAGGCUUAUCAGGACAAGCUUUAUUAAGAAUGAUUUUAGAGAACAAAUUGUAUACUUUUUAUGAUGAUAAUAAGCAUGUUUAUUGUCAAAGUUGUCAAAAACCAAUAACACUACAUCAUUCAAAUGAUGGAGUUAGGUUAAAGGAACAUAUCAUUACUCCAACGCAUAUCGGAAAAUCUCAGGAAAAAACAGAUAAUAAUUUUAUUGAUUUGACUGAAUCAGCUGAUGAUAAUGAUGAUAUUGUAUUAAUAUCACAAAGAAAUCAAAAUCAAAAACCCUUGGAAAUGACAUCUAAAGAUUCUAAACAAUAUGUUUGUAAUGGAUUUUUCGGGUCUGAGUAUGCUAAUGAUGAUUUAUAUAAUGGAUUAAAUCGUGCAGGAGGUUAUUUUAAAAGUAUAAAGUGCCUUGAGUAUUGUUCCAAAAAAUGGUGUUAUGAAUGUGGCCAAUUAGCAAAAAAUGAAGCAUUUAAUAGAAGAAAGCGAGAAUACCAAAAAUUGAAUUGGUUAGGCAGGAUAUAUAAACCUGAUUCUGAACUUCAAGUUGAAUUAGGAUUAACUAAGGAAUCAGGAUCAAUUAUAGCUGAAAAAUUUCCUCUUGAACUUCAUUUGCUUGAAG